AUGCAUUCGGUCUUGGUUGUUCCAUAUGAUGAGGAUUUUGUCUAUGGAGGCCAUGGAAAGCUUCUUUCUGAUGACACCCGCAUCCCCUCAGACUUCAUUGUGAUGGCUUCUGCAAAGAUGACUUCUGAUUACAAAGUUGCAAGGGUUUUGAAUACUAUUGACAUGACCCGGUUCAUCGCAACUGCUAAAUGGCAGCCUCCCGCUUGUGGGCGACUAAAAGUUAACGUAGAUGGAUCAUGGAGGCUAGGGGAGGAGUUUGGUGAAGUUGAUGCAAUCAUUAGAGACCAUAGUGGCCAAGUUAAAGUGGCUGGCAUGAUGCGGGUUUCCUCUGUAGGAGGUCUUUCUCUAGUGGAACUUGUUGGUUUCAGCUUUGGCAUUAGGAUCGCACAUGGAGCUGGUCUCUAUAGAUUUAUUUUGGAAGGAGAUGCCCUUGCGAUAGUCCAAGACAAUAUCAGGAUCAGAGUCUCCCUUUCAUCCUAUGAUUUUAUUUUAGAUGAUAUUUGGGCUCAAAUGGCCAACUAG